CGCAGACCACAAGUCCCUGUAGUGCUCAGUUACAGCAGCAACUUGACUCAGUGAGGAAGACUAAGGCAGGGUUGAGUGUAACUGCUGCCAAACAUAUGGAGUUCUACAACAAACUGUAGACUUGAUCAUGUUCUGCGUGGCUCGUUCAAGAACCCUGGAGAUCAAUCAGCUGCCAUUAUCCUUGGCAAUCCUCUCUAUGUUGUUGAUUCAGCCAAUCGAAUGCUGACAUUUUCUUAUAGGCGACAGAACCAACAGCACUGCGAGGACGAUGGGUGGGAAGCACUCUCGCAGUUUCUCCAACAAGGAGUUGAAUGAGGUGAGUGUGAGUCAAAGGAGUAAGAGUGCUGGGAGAGACGACCCGCCUAGCUUGUCCUCAGCUGCUGAGAGGAUCCGCAGACACACCACGGUGCACUUUGGCUACAGCACCCUCAGCCUGGCCAUGCGGGGGCUCGACGGGACCCCCACUGAACUGUGGGAGCUCAGAGAAUUGCAGAAGCUAAACUUGUCCAUGAACUGCCUGUGCUCCCUGCCCCCUGCCCUGGGCACUCUGGACAAUCUAGUGAUCCUCAACCUGUGGGGUAACAACCUGUCCAGCCUCCCGCCCGAGAUCGGCCUCCUUAAGAAGCUGCGUGUGCUAUUUGCCUGUCGGAACCGCCUGAGCGAGGUCCCUGAGGAGCUGGGCUCCUGCACAUGCCUGGAAGUGCUCAGCCUGGCCAACAACCAGAUCACAGGCCUCCCCGGCAGCUUGGCAACCAUGCACAAUCUGACCAAACUCAACCUUAGCCACAACCGCAUCGCUCACAUCCCCACCUGUGUCUACAGCAUGAAGGGCCUGGUCUUUCUCCACCUGGCUUGCAACCGUCUGGAGACCAUUGCGGACCAGAUCCAGGAUUUAGUUAACCUAAAGAUCCUCAUCGUGGAGGGAAACAGUAUCCACACACUGCCUAAGACACUGUGCUUCCUGGAGUCUUUAGAACUCCUCAAUGUUGACUUCAAUGAUUUGCAAAAUGUGCCAGUGGAAAUGUACCUACUGAGCAGGCUCAGGAGGUUAGCCUGCCACCCGCUGGAUAAAGGACUUCAUAUUAUUCACAACCCCCUCCUCAAGCCUAUCCAGGAGGUGCUUCAAGGAGGACUCAGUGCCCUCUAUAACUACCUCAAGCCCACGUGAGAGUGUGUGUGUGUGUGUGUGUGUGUGUGUGUGUGUGUGUGUGUGUGUGUGUGUGUGUGUGCGUGUACAUUAAGAUACUUUCACUCAAAAGUCAAUAGUAACAGUUUCUGUUUUUUAUGUAGCUAAUGUAAACGCUGGGUUACAAAUAAACAAGUAACUGCUGUGCCAUCUGUUAAUCCACAGUAAAGGGGUCAGGACAAGUUGCUCAGCUCACACAAAAAUUCACAGGUCUACAUUUUGGGGCCGAUCAUUUGAUCUUAUUUGGCCUGUAGCAAUGAGGGAUUCACCGGGAGUAAGUUCAGCUAGAGAUCACCACGCUCUCUAUCGCAUUCAGGUCAUGGGGAUCAGGUGCAUAAAGUCGUGUUGUUCAAACUGUAUUUCAAAACAAAACAAAACAAAAAGUUUCAUGUUGUUUUAUGAUGCAGAGCACAACAGUGGAAGAAUGUUUACUGGAUUGGACAUGAGUUUGAUUAAAUCUAUCUGAACACUU